CUCGACAGGGGCCUUAUCACGCCACCUCUCCGCCCAACACCCGCUUCGUCUCUCUCUCCAUGGAGCCAACACUUUAGCUGCGACAAUGGCCAUAGCCGCCGCCGCCGCCGCCGCCGCCGCGGCUCUUCCCCUCGGCGGCGCCGCUCGUUUCCCCUCUAGGGCUCUUCGUCGACUCCUCUCGUACCCUCGUCUCCACCAACACCGCUACUCGCGAGGUUUUUGCGAUGUUGCGAGUGCUCAGAGGCAGAGUGGGGACUCCUUGCUCAAAGGGAUUGGGGAUAGAAAUGUAGCAGAGGCCGUAAAGAACGUCCUCGACGUGGCGCGAAGGGCUUCGUCGAGAAGAGAGGUUCUGCACACUGAUUUUCUAACACCACCUGUAGUGAGAGAGACUAUGUCGGCCCUAGAAAAACUGGCUGAUAUUAAAGCAGUAUCACAGGGUGGCUAUCCGCAGGCUGAGCGAUGCCGCUUAUCAGUUGGACAUCCCGACGCUAUGAUGGAUAACACUGAUAUAGUGGCUGCAUUGAGUAUCUCAGGGAAUUUCGGGUUUGAAUCCUGUUCACAUGGUGACUUCCUCGGUGCAAUUCUUGGAACUGGCAUUGUGAGAGACAAGGUUGGAGAUAUAUUAUUGCAGGGAGACAAGGGUGCCCAGAUCCUUGUUGUUCCCGAGCUCGUUGAAUUCCUCACUUCUGCAUUGGAGAAGGUUGGGAAUGUCCCUGUUUCUUGCAAUAAGAUACCUUUGCUUGCCUUAGAAUAUGAGCCACCAAGGACUAAAUCAUUUAGAACGGUGGAAGCAUCGUUAAGGGUUGAUGCGUUAGCUAGUGCAGGAUUUAAAAUAUCACGCUCGAAGCUUGUUGAUAUGAUCAGUAAUGGUGGUGUGCGAGUGAAUUGGUCACCUGUGAUGAAAAAUGGAGCUACACUUAAGACGGGGGAUGUCGUCUCUGUUAGUGGAAAGGGGAGGCUGAAGAUUGGAGAGAUCGCAACGACGAGGAAAGGAAAAUAUGCAGUCGAGUUGAUUCGGUAUUUGUGAGCUUUAUUUUUCAUGAAGGUCUCUAUCAUCUCUAGGUGGUCCCUUGCUUGAAGACACUUAAUUCUCGGGGAUGAUGCAACAAGAGAUGGCGUAAAACAUUAGAUUUUUCUGUCGGAAAAAAAAAAAAAAAAAAUUGACGCAUAAGAACUUUCGAUACCAAAGUUUGUAUUUUUAGCGUCGUCUUCAUUGUGCUUUUCUCCCUUGGUAAUUGCAUGAUUGGUAAGCUCUUUCGUAGAACUGCGAAUAACAGUUUCUAUGGCCAUUUUUAUAUCUUCGUUACUUUAGUAAUUUCUUUUUAGA